AUGGGGGGAUGUCUCUGCAAAAGGAAGCGAUUAUCUUCAGAACGUAAUCGAGAUCGAAGGCAACAUUCCGGCAUUAACAAUAGUAGGGAAGAUCCAUGUAAUAAUGCUGUCCAACAAGUUCGAAGACGUUUGACAUCACGGACGCAAGUUGUAACACUUGCAACUCGAAUGCCAUCUUUUCAGGGUGACGUUAACGCUCGAGCCAUCGAAGACAUUGAGGCUGAUGUAAAGGAUCUGAUAUGCCAAACUCUAAAAAUGAUACGAUAUGUGGUAAGCAAUGAUCAAGAGCCACCCACACAACUGCUGAAACUAAAUCUGAUUGCCGAUAAAGAAGGUGGUUGGAUAAUGGUCGUCAUGUGUUUAAUUGAUGUUGUUCCUGUUGAAGAACCACUUGGCCCUGCUGUUAUCAUUCUUUUCCUGGAUGAAAGUCCAUUGCCUACAAAGGAAACAGUAAUGCGUUUACUCACACACCAUAUGCACUUAGAGUUGUCACAUUUAUCUUCCUGGCAUCGCAAUACAUGUAUUGUACUUGGAUCUCUUGCUGAAAAGUUAGCUGGACCAAGCUGCAUACAGAUUUGCACAAACACUACUCUUAAUUACCUUCUCAAUAAUCUCGAACCUACGGGUGAUCCGCAAGUUAUUUUGUCUUCAUUGAUUGCUUUGGAAAAAUUUGCCCAAACAAGCGAAAACAGGUUAACAAUAUGUCGACGACUGGAGCAAAUGGAACGGAAUCCAUUGUCGGUCUUAGAGUCAUGGUUAAGUGAUCCGAGGAUUGAAAAUGACUGGUUAAAGCAACAAGUUGCAUUUUGUGCUCAGUGGGCGUUGGACAAUGUCUUUGUGAUCGAGAACCGUAUUCCCUCAUAUAUGACUAUAAAUGUUGAUGACAUCAAUGCUAUGUUAAAUCAUGAAGAUGUCAGCGAGUAUUUGAAAAUUGGUCCUAACGGCUUAGAGGCGCGAUGUGAUGUUUCAUCUUUUGAAUCAGUUCGGUGUACUUUUGAAGCUACGCAUGGAAUUUGGUUUUACGAAGUUCUGAUUCUAACUCCCGGUGUUAUGCAAAUUGGCUUUGCUACGAAGCAGAGUCGUUUUUCAAAUCAUGAAGGUUACGGAAUCGGUGACGAUGAUUGUUCAAUAGCGUACGAUGGUUGUCGACAACUGAUUUGGCAUAACGCAGACUUCAUGAAAAUCGAACAUAAUCACUGGAAAGCUGGUGAUAUUCUCGGUUGCUUACUGAAUCUAGAGGACGGCUACGUACAGUUUUAUCUUAAUGGUUUAUCGCUUCGACAGCCGCAUCGCGCAUUCCUCAAUAGGCGGAAUAAAAAUUCAGGAUUUUUUGCAGCUGCAUCCUUUAUGAGCUUUCAGCAGUGUCGUUUCAAUUUUGGUUUAAAACCGUUCAAAUUUCCUCCUGCGGAAAUAUCAUUUAAAACUUUCAACGAUUACGGCACACUCUUCCCUGAACAAAAAACCAUCCUCCCACGGCAGCGAAGAAUUGAACUCCUUACACAAAUAUCUAUAGAAGAUGAUGCAUGCACUUUAUGUUAUGCAAAUUCAACUGAUACUGUUCUAAAGCCAUGCGGACAUGGCGGAAUUUGUUAUUCUUGCUCCGAGCAGAUUGAACUUUGCCCGCUGUGCCGCAAAAAAAUCGUAGAACGUGUAAAGGCUUCUAAACGAAUCUCAGUGCUAAUGCAGCAUAGUGGAACAAUGCUAGAUAAUACUACUGCCGACAAUACAUCCUUGUAUGAUAUAUGUUCACAUUCCUUGUAA